AUCCAUUGGGGACCCCAUAAGAAGGAUUCAUUCUCACCUUCCUGGAAACCCUUCCCAAUCGCACCCUUAUCCUUAUAUUAACCCCUUGCUGUUCUCCCCUUCAACCAUUCCAUUUCCAUCCAAUUCUCUCUCUAUUUUCUCUCUCUAAACAUAUUUCAAGAAUGGCCGGGAGAAACACUACUGCUGUAGAGUUUGAAGAUUCACUGCCAUUGAUGGCGGAUAAGUUGGGGGGAGAAGGCCUGAUCAGAGAGCUGUGUAAUGGGUUUCAGCUGUUGAUGGACACAGACAAACAACUCAUCACCUUUGAGAGCUUGAAGAACAACUCUGCUCUUCUUGGGUUGCAGGAUCUUACACACGAUGAGCUGAGGAGCAUGGUCAAAGAAGGUGAUAUGGACGGUGAUGGGGCCCUCAAUCAGAUGGAGUUUUGUGUACUCAUGUUCAGAUUGAGUCCUGAUUUAAUGAGAGAGUCUGAGGUUUGGCUUCAACAAGCAAAACAAGACCUCCAUAAUUCUUGGUUCGAUGCCAAGUCACAUUGACAGGGUAUUGGUUUGUUCAUGUUAAAAUUGUAAGAGAGAAAAAUAAUAUGGAGCUCAAAAUUAGAAUGAGAUUUUUGGGUAAUUGAUCUACCCAUAUAUACAAAUCACACCAUAUUUAUGUGCUGUUGAUAAAUAUUUGUUUCUUUUUAAAUUAUAUUGGAUAAGUACUUCUUGAUCA